AUGUUACAAUCAUUUUACAUAAAGAUUAAUAUAAUUAGCAAUAAAUCUCAAUUAAAUAUUUCUAUUAAUAAAAAUCAGAUUACAAAAGAAAGUAGUAAAGGCAACCAAAUUCAAAAUCCAAUUAAAAGACAAGAAAAAGAAAGACCUUCAGAAAGACUUGCAAAAAAAUCACAUAUACAAAGUAGUUUAGAAAAAGAAAAUUUAACUAUAGUUUCUUAA